CCGCGCCGCCGCCGCGUGACGCACUUCCUGUUUGUUGUUCGAGAAAAAGAGAGAAAGGAAAGCGCGAGAAGACGCCACCACAGCCACCAGCCCAGCUGUGCCAGGGCCGCGAGGAGACCAGCCGCCCGACUUCCCCCGGUCGCCGCCACGUCCUCGGAUUUGUUCCAACACUGUUAAAACAUGGUGGAUUACUAUGAAGUUCUGGGCGUGCAGAGACAUGCCUCACCUGAGGACAUUAAAAAGGCGUAUCGGAAACAGGCACUUAAAUGGCACCCAGACAAAAAUCCUGAAAAUAAAGAAGAAGCAGAGCGGAAAUUCAAACAAGUAGCCGAGGCAUAUGAGGUAUUAUCGGAUGCAAAAAAGCGGGACAUUUAUGACAGAUACGGCAAAGAAGGAUUAAAUGGUGGUGGAGGAGGAGGUGGAAGUCACUUUGACAGUCCAUUUGAGUUUGGCUUCACGUUCCGGAAUCCAGAUGAUGUCUUCAGGGAAUUUUUUGGAGGAAGGGACCCAUUUUCAUUUGACUUCUUUGAAGACCCAUUUGAUGACUUUUUGGGGAACCGAAGAGGUCACCGAGGAAGUAGAAACCGAGGUACUGGCUCCUUUUUCUCUGCCUUCGGUGGAUUUCCUGCCUUCGGUGGAUUUCCUGCUUUUGAUACAGGCUUCUCUUCGUUUGGGUCAAUAGGUCAUGGGGGUCUUACUUCAUUCUCUUCAGCAUCAUAUGGUGGCAGUGGAAUGGGCAACUUCAAAUCAAUAUCAACUUCAACUAAGAUAAUUAAUGGCAAAAAAAUCACUACAAAGAGAAUUGUGGAGAAUGGUCAAGAAAGAGUAGAAGUUGAAGAAGAUGGACAGUUAAAGUCCUUGACAAUAAAUGGUAUGGCCGACGAGAACGCCUUUGCAGAAGAAUGCCAUCGGAGAGGCCAACACACACCAGCUCUGGCCCCUGAGCCGGUGCCAGUCCCAUCCCCGGCCCCUGCCCCAGCUCCGGCCCCGGCCCCGGCCCCACCCCCGGCCCCAGCAACAGUUCGGCCCCCCUCCCGGGCCCGACCCCUGGCCCCAGCUUCAGGCCAGACUUCGGCCCCGUCUGUCAGCACUCACCCACAGAAGCCACCCAGGCCUGCCCCGACGGCUAAACUUGUGUCUAAAAGCAACUGGGAAGAUGAAGAGCAGGGCAGGCAGCGGGUUCCUGGCCACUGGAAUGCCCCUAUGACCUCAGCAGGUGUGCAGAAGGGAGCUGGUGUGGAGCAACCCCAAAGUGAUUUGCCCCCAGACCCAGGACAGCAAGAACAGAAGCCAGGCCUGUGUUGCUGCAUUCUAACCUAAGUGGGCAUGGGGAGUUGGGGGUAGGUGCCAGGCCUGCCGAAAAGGGGCAGAGAGGAUACCUGCACCCAGCUCAUCUUCCACAGCUGCUCUAUGUACGGCCUAGCUGCAUGGCUCAAAGCCAACCCCAUGAUUAAAAUGGGGUCUCAGUAUUCUGAUGCGUAUGAAAUAUGUUGACCGCUAAGGAAUUGCUAGGUACUAUUUCUGUCCGUAAACGCUCCUUUUUAUAACUUUGAUUCUAGAGCUUGAGAUCUGUCACUGAACCUGACUUGCCCCAAGGCCACUCACACUUAUUGGCUUUACUUUCAGACAGAAGAGCAGAGUUGAGCUAGGUUCCCAGGAGCGACAGAUCAAGGUGGGGCCCUGGCUUCUUCCUCUGUACUCAUGAAGGGAUUGUCCACCAUGCAGCUCUACUCAGCUAUGCGUACAUCUCCAGGAUUAUUCCUCAGAACAUUCUGGUGGUUAGUGUGUGCAUACACAUAGAGCUUUUCCAGCCAGACCCAAGCCCUGUAUCAGUGUGGUUUUUUUUUUUUUUUUUUUUUUUUUUAUUGUCUGUAAGGCAAGUUUGUGCCUGUGGCUGUGCAAACACUGUAGGCCAAACUAUGGACAUGAGGCUUGGUGGUCCAUGUCGAGUUGGGUUGCAAAGUGCUCCAAGUAGGAAAUAGGGCAAAGGUAUUCCUUUGCUUCUCAGAAGUUUGUAUUAAAGUCAAGACCUCAAGACCCUUUGGUUCUCCUCAGAGAAUGAAACAGGUGUCCUCUAGGGUUCGGUGAGCAGAAGAGAACACACUACCCAGAGUCCUCCAUGGGUGAAGGAUUACUGGAAUUUUGGGUAGCCAGCAUAGUGACCUUGUGGGGAGAUGCCAGCAAAAACAGAUGGGUAACUGGGAUAUGAGCUCUUUGCAACUGAGUAGCCUCAGUGGCGGUGGACACCUCCCUUGAUGCCUUGUCUGCUUCCAGUGCUGAAUAGUCCCAAGAAGAUUGGGAGGGGUGGCGAGAGAUACAGAACAGAUCGGGCUUGUAGGUUUUGGAACCCUUCCCCCAUUCUUCAGUUAUAAAGAUGCCGUAAGCUUGUCCUGUGAGGUGUUUGUCUUUAAUCUCCUGGUGUUCUGAAGGUGCACAGGGACAGGCUUGCCUGUAGAGCUUGUUUAUAAGUGCAUAGGCCUGCCACAGCGGGAUGCGGGCAGGAAGUAUAACUCUGGCAAAUGGCAAUUCUCUUGGUCCUGGGCCACGUCUCUUAAACAAAAGGUGAUCAUCCAAAGGCUGAUCUGGAAACAGUGGAGUUUAGCAAAUCAUGCUCUCCUUGUAGCUUUGUGUGUGUGUGUUUGAAUGAACUAGUGGGCUUGUGGAUCCCUGUAGAAAGUCUGGGUAUGAGAGGCUGGAAAGCUGUGAGUGAGGUGGCCCUCCCUGUGUGCUCUGAGUCUGGAGGCAGGAGCACCUGCCAGCAUGGCUCUGGGUGUAGCUGGCACUUCCUCUGCUUCGCUCUUUUGCUCAUGUUUUCCAUUAAGGAGCUAUGCUUUCAUACAGGAAAACAAAACAACAACAACAAAACCCAAAAAUAAACGCAAACCUGUGAGUAACCCUUAACUUACCUUCUCUCUAUGAUGACCUGUUUUGAAGUGGUGUUCUCCAAACUGCCACCUGAGCUACACCAGAAAUUGGCUUAACAAAGUGAAAACAAAAACCCGUUGGGAGGGACAUUAGAAACUUAGCUACGGUACAUAGCGGUUUCUGAUUUCCACAACAAAGCUGUGACCUGGGCAGUCACUUGCUCUGUACUGCAAGCUGCUGUCGUCCUCUGGCCAACAGAGAAGUCUUUGUAAACUGGCACUCUGUUGUUGGUUGGGGACCGAGCCUAGACCUUUCCUCAUUACUGUUGAGAGGCAAGAUGUCCCAGGCCAAGCUUGCCACACUUCACCCAGUGCAGCCUUCAGUGGUGUUGCCAUUGUUACUGGUUUUGGUUCAAUUUCCAAGUCUUGGGGCAAGUUUUCCUAAAAAAGCACACCAAGAAACUGUACAGAUCAUCCCAAUUGCAGCUCCCAUUGGCUGUCAGCCUCGCAGCUGCCAGGUACAGCCUAUAUGCAGCCAGGCCCAUUGGCACCAGGAAGCAGGGUUUCCUAGAUGAAAACUUAGAGCUGGGCAUGGUGUCACACGCCUGUAAUUCCAGCACUCAGGGAGGCAGAGGCAGGAGACUAUUGGAGUUCCAGUUUGAAGCCAGCCUGGUUUACGUAGUGAGUACAGGACAGCGAAGGCUACACAGAGAAACCCUGGACCCAAGGUAGUCCAGAGAACCCCCCACCCCCCAAAAAAAGAGAGAAGGCCUUACUGUGCAAUUAAAGCUACCUGGGAUUGUCAGACCCUCAAGAAUUUAUCAUAGAUUGGAUUGUAGUCAGCUAGAAUAGUAGUGGUCUAAGUGGCUCUGGCCCGAGCUAUGCUAGUGAUGGGGUAGAAACAAAAUGCACUUUGAUUUGUUGGUCUGGUGUGUGUGUGUGUGUCAGAGAGAGAGAGAGAGAGAGAGAGAGAGAGAGAGAGAGAUAGAUUGCACCUUGGAACUGUGGACCACCUUGGGUCCAGUAUAUGUUGGCCGCUCUUCCUCUCCUUUCUUCCUUCUUCGUGGGCUAUUCUGUGGCCUUGAAGGUUUGUUCUGUUGAGGGCAAGCUGCACUUUGGUGGAAAAGGAUUAGUGGCAUUUUGCAUUUUUUGGAUUCCACACAACAUGGGUCUGUGAAGUGUGAAGAAUACAUGGCCAUUAAAAAUGGAAAUUAUUCAGUGAAAUUAUCAGAGAAAAGUCAUGAAUGAAAAAAAUAUUUCCUUCCUCUUUCUGCCAAACGUGGCCUGGCCUGCUCAGUAGCUCUGUGGGGUGUGGCCUUCACAGAGCAUGGCUUGCAAUUCACAGAGCUAGAGCCUGUAUCUAAUCCUGCUGCUGGCUUGCCUCUCAUGCUUUCACUCCCAACCUCCCCAGCUAACUCAUGUGUUGAGAUUUUGAUGGAUCUCACCAUCGGCAUUUUGAAGUAUCUGUAGGCAUCUGUUGGAGUUCUGAGAUCUCUUUUGUGGCUCUUGUUCAGCAUCAGGCCCACAGCCUACCUACUCCAUAUGGCCAGGGUCUGAGAGCUGCAGGACUGAAGGCAGAGUCAUUCCUGGCUUCUUGGCAGUAUCCAGAGGCUGAGCCUCUGUCCAUCUUACUGUGGCCUUGGUUGGUAAGGUCACACACUUGUUGGCUUUCAUGACAGGAAAAAUGAGAGGCUUUGUUUUUAUGGAAGACAAAUAGGCUGCCCCUUGCAGCAGGGAGCUGUGGAGGGUCUCUACUCUGCCUGGCCGUGUAGAUGACAGGGUUAUUCAUUCUGCAGGUAGGGCCUUGGCAGGACUGAGGCAGAGCCUGUUUCACAGAGCUGGUUCUGUGGCUGGGUAAAUGCAGGAUGCUUUCUGUGAGUUGCACACUUCCUUGUGUGGUAGUGGCAUUCUGGGAGCCACGUGGAAGGUCUCAAGCAUGCUCUUCCAAACAGUAGUUCAUUUCUGAUGUGGACAUUGUUAAUGUCUGUUCUGUUGCCUUCUUCGUACAUGGGGAAGUGUCUAGUGAGUGACCCACCUGAUGGGGAUGCGGUUGCUGGUGUGCAGUGUUUCACAAGCCAUGUUUCCUUAGGGCCCAAAGAAGGUGGCAAGAGGAAGAAGCAGAAGCAGAAA